GAAACCGACCCGGAUUGAUUUAUACGUGUAAGAAGUUACAGUCCCUUUAAAAGAGCCAAGCUCAAAGAGCCGGCUCGUUCGCGACCUACACAUCACUACUAGUUUGGUGUUCUGCGCAUGCUCAGACUGCGCAUCCCCGUCUUAUUAAAUAUUUAAUGGAAAAUGGCUGCGUUUCUUAUCCAAACCUCUGGAGCUGGGCGAUAAAAUAAAAAAAAAAACACCACACCGUCUAAACGGAACCAUCUCGCGGUCUGGUUAACGUCCAACACACCGAAAAACAAUCCUAUGCGGUGAUUUAUCCGCCAAGCCAGUCGACGUCCUGUCGACGUCUGAGAAUGGAUCGACUCAAGCUUUGAGGGAUGAAAGAUCAUUUCUCUCCUUAAUAACCCUUUCUGCUCCCGAGAAUCUGCGAAACAAUCGAGCAGAAGAUGAUGCGCCAGGUGACAGGCAGUGACUUCUGCAUGAAUAGCAGGCCGUCAUGCCUAGCAGAGGACGGCCACCACCCCACGCCCCACUUUGACCUGUGCACCCAGGCCAACAAGUUUUACCCUCCUCCCCCUCCGUCAGCUCUUCAGAUGACGCUGGCUCCCAUGGUCUUACCCACCCAGAGCCACAAGACCAUGGUGUGCCAGAGACAGGACGUGCUCGGGGGCUCACCUGGAAAAAUAACCAACGUUAAAGGCGCCGAUCAAGCGCCGGAGGACGGCAAGAAGAAGAACAAGGCUGCCGGGAAGACGGGCAGACGCGGGAGGCCUUUGGGAACAACCAAGCUAGCCGGAUACAGAACCAGCACAGGGCGACCCCUCGGCACCACCAGAGCUGCGGGGUUCAAGACGAGCCCGGGGAGGCCGCUGGGCACAACCAGAGCGGCGGGGUACAAGGUCAGCCCCGGACGGCCUCCUGGCAGCAUUAAGGGCCUCUCUCGCCUCAACAAACUGGCUUAUGGUAGCACCUGCAGCGGAGCGGCUUUCCCCUAUCCACUACCACACAAGGAAAUCCUCUGUGAACCUUCCUGCAAAGAGAAGACAGCUAAUGAGUAAAGGCUCUACGCUGUUUCCACUCACCCUCCAUCAGUCGAAUCAGACGCAUGUGUACAGGUUUCCUGCCAGAUAUCGGGGGGGGGUGAUUGUAAUCUUUCCCAGUCUGCUGUGAGGCUGAGAGGAGGAGAUUUUAUUCGUGUGGGUGUCAUCUGUGUGCCUGCCACCUGAUCUAAUACUGUUUCAGUGCUACUGCUGGAGAUCUGCAGUGUGUGGAAGGUUUCACUACACAUUGCUGAGGGGGAAAAAACUACCAGAUGUUCAUUGAGCGAGGGGCUUUUAUCUUUGUAACAACUGUGGUGGUAGGUCAUGACAAGUUACAUUUUUAGUGUACUUUAUGUAGCAUUUAACAACAAAACAUUCAUUUUAAAAUGUUUUAUUACUGUAAACAAAAUGAGACCGUCGUGAGAAGAUUGAUAACAAUUGUGUGAAAUCUAUUGGGCUGCUUUACAGCACAAAUAUGUAAAGCAGCUGCUUUACAGAGCAUACAAAUUUAACUUGUUCAUCACACUACAGUUUGAAUUACAUGUCGUUGGAUACAGCGUGCUCCAGGGAUGACGUAUUUUUUGUAGGCAAACCAGGAAAGUUAGCAUCGCGCUGGUUCUCUCGACAAAAAGCCAAUUUUUCCAUUGAGUUUUGGAUUAAUGCAGAAAAUAAGCUCUGUGGCAAACACACGUUUAUGAUACUUACACGUUUAUGAUACUUACGGCAAGAUAAUCUUCACUAAUGAUUUUUGAAGUGUGAAUGCAAUCGCCAGAUGUAAAAAGCUAACACUAGGCUACAGAAGAACUACACAAGGGUUGCAUGAGCGCCAUUGACUUCCAGACGAGGGAACCAGAAAUGCUAAAGUAAAUGCGAACUCAUUUCCAAGUUUUAGGACUCAUUCCUACUCUAUUCACUCCUGUUUUUAAUCUUUAAACAAACACAUGCAAAUCAAGAAAAGAGGAGAGAGAGGGACAUGUAGCAACAUUGUCUUUGCAGCAGGAAGUGUGUUGGUCUUUUAAUUUAAAAAGCAAAAUGUUACAUGUACUGUAGCACCUUUUUAUGUGUCACAUUUGUGAAAUGGGAGGCAUCUCACUCUGGAUUCAAACAGUUGGGGGGGUCAAGUGCCUUGCUCAGUGGCACUUCAGUGAUAGAUGUACAGAUAAUCCUCCAGGCUAACAGCACCCCAAAAACUGAAAUCCAAUUAAUCCAACUUUCUCCACUCGGCUGCAGAAUUAACACGACUCCUGUUCACUCUCGUAAUGUCACCUUGCGAAAUGUCUACAUAUUAUUUGCAUGCAAAUGUCAUCAAAGUCAAUUUACAGGUUGUUAUCCAAGUUUUAAGUAGUUUUUUUAUUAUUUUCUUUUACUAAAAAUAUAAAACAAAACUUUUUCACGUCAAGGACCUCUAAACUGACACAAAUUAGACCACGGACCCACAUCUGAAAGGAUUUAUGCUUCAAAGGCCCUGACACACCAAGCCGACGGUCGGCCGUUGGACAGUUUGGGGCCGUCGGUGAGCGUCCGUCGGCAGAGUUUUUGUGUUGUGUCUCGCACCGUCGGCUCUAGUCUGCCCAUGUUGGAG